AUGAUGAACGAAAGCGACGGUGGAAUGCGCGUAGGUGAAACGCCGCCGCCGACGCUGUGUUGUAAACCCGCCUUCGAAGGUAUCUCGAUCGCCGAAGAGGGUAUUACUGACGAUCACUGUGUUAGCGUGGCCGGAGGUGGCGGCGGCGGAGGUGGCGGUGGAGGCGGUGGCACGGUCGCCGGCAGUCGGCUGAACCUGCACCUUCGUUCCUGCGGAAGCAGCGGUGGCGGUGCCGGCAUCGCCGGAAGUGACAGCGCUUCGGAUUACCCGCCAAGCGCUGCGGCAGCGCGGAGCCGCGAGGCGGCGGCGGCGGCGCUGCACGCGGCAAGAACCCUGUUGGGCGCGGGGGUGGCUAACCCUUGCUCGCCCACCCCCGAACCGCCCUUCUGGAAGAUGCCGCAUAAAGAGGAGGACUUGAUGCACGGGGGUGGUGCUGGUAUCGGCGGUGGUUCUAUGGUCGGCCAGAACUCAAUAUUUGGGUGCUCGGCUGCAGGACACAGCGGGGUUAAUCAGCUCGGCGGCGUGUACGUGAACGGCAGACCGCUGCCGGAUUCCACCAGGCAGAAGAUCGUCGAAUUGGCCCAUAGUGGGGCCAGGCCCUGCGACAUCUCCCGGAUACUGCAAGUCAGCAACGGAUGCGUCUCGAAGAUCCUCGGCAGAUACUACGAGACCGGUUCGAUAAAACCACGUGCAAUCGGCGGCAGCAAGCCGCGAGUGGCCACCACGCCGGUAGUCAACAAGAUCGCCGACUACAAACGGGAGUGCCCGUCGAUCUUCGCGUGGGAGAUCCGGGACAGACUGUUGCAGGAAGGCGUUUGCAAUAACGACAACAUACCUAGCGUAUCGUCCAUCAACAGGGUGUUGAGGAACCUGGCCUCGCAGAAGGAGCAACAGGCGGCAGCGGUGCAGGCGCAUCAGGGUGCCGAGAGUGUCUACGAUAAGCUACGGAUGUUCAAUGGCCAGGCUGCAGGUUGGCCACCGGCGUGGUAUUCCGCUACGCCCUCUCAUCAUCCCCUGGCCACUGGAAUCCCAACAGCGGCGACCCCCGGCUCUGGCCAGUCGUUGUUACCCGGCAGCCAACUUCACGGUCGCGAUGACUCGUUGCUGAAGCGGAGCGAUACAGGAUCGUUAUUGUCCCAUCAGCAGGAGACGACGUCAGAUGGUAAUUCGGAGCACAAUUCGUCUGGCGACGAAGACUCGCAGGUACGGCUGAGGCUAAAACGGAAGUUGCAGCGCAACCGAACGUCAUUUUCCAACGAACAGAUCGACAGCCUCGAAAAAGAAUUCGAGCGGACACAUUACCCGGACGUGUUUGCACGGGAGCGUCUCGCCGAGAAGAUUGGAUUGCCUGAGGCACGUAUCCAGGUGUGGUUCAGUAAUCGCAGGGCGAAGUGGCGUCGAGAGGAGAAAUUACGGAACCAAAGGAGAGCGGCCGUCGAUCAGGUGGUCGGCGGAGGGAGUGGUGGAGGCGGAGGGAGCACAGCGCCACCGGCUGCAACCCCAGCCACGCCACGGUUACCCCUAAACGCCGGAUUCAACGCCAUGUACUCGUCGAUACCGCAGCCGAUCGCCACGAUGCCCGACACUUACAGCUCGAUGUCAAGCAGCUUGGGCGGGUCAAUGGGUGGAAGCUGUCUUCAGCAACGCGCCGAGGGAUAUCCAGCGUACGUGUUCCACGAGCCUCUUCACUCGCUGACGCAGUCUUACUCCCACGCACACAGCGCUGCUGCGCACUCGCAACCCCAUCGUGGUAUACCAACCUCUCAUGGUGGUACCCCCACCACGCCCGGAGGACAGCCAGCAGGACCAGGCGGUGCGCCCUACCAGCCGACGACCUCGACCGCGACUGGCGUGAUAUCGGCGGGCGUUUCGGUCCCUGUGCAGAUCCCAUCGCAAACUCCGGACCUGACCGGUAACUACUGGCCGAGGCUCCAGUGA